CGUUAUUCGUUAUCACAUGAAGUCACGAACCGCUUUUUCUCGUAUAGUCAAUAGUCUAAUGGUUGUGUUCGUUUAAUUAAUUAAUUUAUUGUUGUUCUUAAUCCGAUAAUUGAAUAUUUACAAUGCGUUUCACUAGCCCUCACUGGUUAUCGCCACACAAAUUUAUGUUUUUCUGAAACGAUCCGCUCACGGUCCUCUUCCGUUGCACUUGCGACUUGACAAUCACGACUUGGCACUCACCACACGCCCCCGUACACCUAACAAAAAAUGGAACCUUUGAUGCCAUCUGAAGUUGCUCGUUUAGUGUACGGUUAUCUGAAGAAAGAAAAAAAUGAGGAUGCUGCGAAAUGCUUUUUAAAAUCAUCUCCUCAUUUGACUGAAUGUUUUCAGAUGUUUAAAGCUAAUAGAAACUUUAAUAUUAAAGUGAAUGGGCUUAAUUUACAUGACAUAUUUGACAAUUUUGGAACCAUGUGUGCUAUGAUUGAAGAGCGAAUACCUGAAGCAUGUGAAUCUAAAACAUUAAUUGAGAAACUACAGUAUUUGUUAGAUACAAACCAGGCAUCAAUGAAAAAAGAUACAUUUGUUGAGAAAAAAUUAAAUAUGGUUGACAAAUGUGUUGGUAAUACAAUCAAUACUAGAGAUCAAAGUACACAUACAACAUUAAAUAUAGAAGUAAAUAAAAGUACAUCAGAAGAACUAUUAGAAAUCCCAUCGUUCACUGAGAUAAUUUCUGAUAACGUUUUUAAAACAAAAGAAACUGACACAUUUAAUGAUGAAACCACAAUAACUGACCAGAAAAAUUCAGUUUCUUCGCCUUGUUUAUCUUCAAUGACACAACUAACAGAAAAUAAUGCAGGUUCAAUGACAUUUUCCAAAUUUGAAGACAAAGAAACAAAAACAUUUCAAAUAAACAAUCAAAGCUGUAGUACUCCAGCAAAGAAAAAUGAAUCAACUAAAAUAAAUAUUGAGUCAAUACCACAAUUUAGUCCAAAAAAUAUUCAUAAUAUAAAUUCUGGUGACCAGGCUGAAUACCAGCAAAUACCAGAAGCAACAUCCCUUGACUCUAUGCCGGGAUUUUCAAAAGAAGAUAAGAUAAAGGAUAGUUCAGUUGUUAUUGAUACUGGUGAAUUAGUUGAUACAUUUUUGAAUGACCAAAGUUUAUUGGAAAAAAUUGCUGAUUCCAUAAAUAAAUCUUUUGACGCUCAAAAAGAAAAAGACGAUAUACUAGAAAGUAAAGUCUUAGAUCCUCCUACUCUUGAAAAAGCAUUAGACUCCACUCAGUCUGAUCCACAAAUUAAAAACAUACUGGAUGAGUUUUUAGUUUUUAAUGUUGACAAUGCUGAUAUUGAUAAAAAAUCAUGUUCUAAUGAUCAAUCAGACACAAUCAAAUCUCGUUUACGUAGUGCCAGGAAAAAAGAUGACGCACCAAGCAAAUUAAAAAAGAAUAAUUCAAAUAUUACAAAACAUAUUGUUUAUGGUAAUGAAGAGUGUUUGAAAGUUGACAAUAAUAUUGUAUUGAUACAUGAAGGUAAUAUCAGUACAACGGUUUUUGAGAAUUACGAUUUGCUAUCAAAUCAAUUAGUUUUACAAUCAAGUGACUCGUAUAAUUUUGACUCAACUAAAACAGAACCAGGAGAAGAUCAUUUUGCCAAAUCUGACUAUGUGAAAAUUGCUCCAAAAAUAACUCCCAUGUUAUUAACUCAUCAAGCUCCUGAAAAACAUAUAUUUCCAAAACGAAGAAGACACUUACUAGAAGUUAAUGGCAUAAGAAGCAAAUUUAGGAGAACAAAUAUAACUAGACAACCAACCCCUAAAUCAAUUAUUAUUGAAGUUCCUAAUCAAAAUUCAUUUGAAAAUCAAGAAAAAAAUCAUACUGAGAUUAAUGAUAUUAUCAGAUUACCUGAGGUUUCAUCUAAAGUUAAUAAUCUGAUUGUUCAUGAUACACCAGAUGAUAGACUUAAACCUCCAAAAAACAAAAGUAUGAGUACACCUCGUAGAAGAAGCACUCAUAUAAGAUGUUUAGAUUUUAGUACUCCACAGCCUAAGAACAUGACUCGAAAUCAAGCUCGCUCAAAACUUUUCUGUGAUUCACCAAAAAGACUUGAAAAAUGUUUGGAAGAACCUUCAACUAGUCCUUUACCAAAACUUCAAGCUGAUUGGGGUUCAGUUAAUGGAUUUGAAUCAAUGAUUAAAAAAGAAAUGGUUAAACACUGGGAUACAGAUAUUCGAGAAAUGGUGGGGGCUGGAAUUCUAACGUCAGAUGCUGAUGGAAGAAAAACAAGAAAAAAGAAAACGCCAAGAAAAAAAAUUAAACCAGUCAAUGUUCAAAAUAAUUCUGUUUUGCUCAAAGAUCAAAAGAAAUCAAGUAAUAUUUCAAUCGCGACAAAUGAAUUACAUACUGAUGUAUCAAAUAUUUCGGAAGUUGCAUUUGAUGGUUUAAAUGGGCAAGACUCUGAUAAGCCAUUACUGGGUAUCCAAAAGCCAUUAAUAGAGAAACAGCCAAAAUGUCAUAUUUCAUUAGAAACAUCAAAUAAUAUUACAGAAUUAUGUAAUGAACAAUCUCCAAUUAAAUCGAAUUCUUUGAACACCUUGAACAAUCUAAAAUCGUUGAAAAAAGUUAGUGAACCUUCUAUAUCAUUAGAAACUCCAGAUAAAAUAACAGAAUUAUAUAAUAAGCAGCCACCAACUAUAACUGAUUCUUUGAAAAACAUCAAUGGUACAAAACCACUUAAUGAACUAAGUGAAUUUUCGGUUUCCUUAGAAACUUUAGAUAAAAUAACCAAGCUUAAUAAUGAAUUACUGCCCAUGAAAUCUGAUUUUCCAGAAAGCAAAUGUGCAACUCAAAUUAAUCUGGAUCAGUCUCAAGUUAAUGAACCAAAAAAUAAUCAAAAUGAAUUAAUUAACUCUUCUAUUUUAAAUACUAGGUCAAAAAUAACAAAUCAGGAAAAAGAUUCUAACUUUUUAAAAACAUUUAAUAACCAUAACUAUUCAUUAACAGAAAAUAAGUUAUAUGAAUCAACUAAACCUUCAAAAGAACAGGGUUUAUUUGAUCAAACUCAUACAAACAAUUCAAAUGAAUUAAAUAGUCCAUUAAAAUGUAUUAACAUUGAAUCAGUUAAGCCCAGUCUACUUGAAACCCCAUUUAAAUGUGAUGAUGCUGCUGUUGAUGUUCCUGAAACUCCUAUUUCAAAAAUAAUACGAGAAUAUGAUCCAAGUAAGAUGGUCACACCUUUGCCAUGUACACCAGAACAUGAUGAUUCAUUGACCGAAACACCACUAACCAAAGUAUUCAGAGAAACAUCAUAUUUAAAUAGACCCCCAAUUUCACCAUUUCCUCCUACACCAGGGAAUUCAAUGUCUGUCGAUACUUUGAUUGCACCACCAGAACUGGAUUAUGUUAAAACCUCAAGCGGUACAAAUUGUAAAAUGAAUAGUUUGAAUGAAUGUUUAUCACAACCCUUCCAGACUACAACUUCUACUGGUGAAUUAUCAACCAAAACAAAGAAAGAUAAAAUUAAAAAUACACCUUUAAAAUCUAAAUUAAAACUUUCGACUAAACCCAAAGUAAAAAAUGGAUUAAAAUUAAAAAAUGUUGAAGCAAAAAAGAAACAAGUGUAUGAGUCUGUUAAAGUUGAGCUUUUUGGAAGUGAUAUUUCACUGAGUCCAAAUAAAAAUGAAUUUUCAACGACAAAUGAACAGCGUAAAACAAUAGUUAUUAAUAAAAAACCACAAGAAAAGGAGAAAAAAUCUGGUUUUAAACCCAUACCUAAAAAGAAAUCAAUUGAAUCCAUGUCUGUUGUAACUGUUAAUGGUAUUGAAAGUCAAUUAUCAGACGAAUUAAACAUGCAAUCAACUAAAACUCCGUUUAUUAAACCAAUAAUAGUGCAAUGUGAGAACAACGCCUCAGGAAAAGUAAAGAAAACAAUUUCAAAAAAAAUUAAAAAGUCCAUGGUACAUUUUGAUGAUCCAGUUGAAAAAUUCUUUAAAUUAUCUAAAAGUCCAACAUUGGAUAAACCCAACAACCAAAAAGUUGGUAGAAUACAAAACAAAACCACUGCAAAUGACAACUCAGAACAAUUGAUAGGGUUAGAAAGGUAUUUGAAUAACACUUCAUCGACAGCUUAUGACUGUAGUCCAAAAGAGAAUAAAAUCAAAAGAAUAGAACCAGCGGUUAAGAUUUCUAAACUUAAUAGUAGUGAUUCCAAUAUUAAUUAUUCAGAAAUGUAUAAUGUAGACGAAUCCAAUAAGAAUAUAUCAACAAGUUAUAUUAGUAAUGAAACAAAAACUAAUGAAAUGAACAAUAAAAAAAUUAAAUUAUCUGAGAAUUGUGUUAUAGGUGUAAAUAAAGUGUCUAAUGGAAAGGAAAAUAAUACAGUUGAUAAUAAAUCCAUUGUACCACUGGAGUCUGUACAAACUAUGUCUAUUGACGGUAACAUUUCUAAUCCAAAUUGUAUUUCUGAAGAUAAAAUGAACAUCAGUCUUGACAGAUCUGAAUCGUCUAUCAUCAACAGCAGUGUUAUCAAUACUUCUUGUGUUACUGUUACACAUGAUGAUAAAUUAGAUGUUCCUAUAAAUGAGGCCUGUGAUUCACCAAACAAUAUGGAAUAUUUAAAAAAUCCAAAAGUAUAUGAAGUCAUUACUGAAGAUAAUGAACACGAGAUGGUGUAUUUAAAUGUAUCAGAAGCAUUCACUUUUCUUGAUAUACCCUCAGAAUUAAAAAAUGUACAGACAUUAAAUCCAAUUAUAUCACCAUCAAUAACAACAAACAAAAUAUUAAAGGUUACUCCAAAAAUAGAAAGUUGUAAACUUGAGAAUGAUGCUAAAAUACUAAUGCCAGUGACUAGCACUCCUAUAGACGAUGUUGAAACAAAAAAUGAAAAAGAUGAUAGAGCCAGAAGAAGCCCUUCUUUUUGGGAUGACUCUGUUCAUAAUUACCCAAUCAAACACAGAGAGAACAGACAUUGGCAAAAUAAAAUAUAUGAUAAAAAACACAGGCAAAGCAAAUUUAGAUGCCAUGAUGAACGAUCAAAAUUUGAUAGUCGUUACUAUUCUCAAAGAAGUCAUCAUCAUAAUGUAAAAAGAGAGUUCAGGGAAGAUUCAGUAAAAGAUAAACAUAGAUCUAAGUACAAAGAGGAAAAAAGGCGGUCCUAUCAUGAUAAUAGUAAAGGAAGAAAUUGGCCAGAAGAAAAUGAUAGAUUUUCAAUCCCACAAAGAAUAUCACAAAAUGAACUACAGAAGUUAAAUAGAUCAGAAGAUAUUGUUAAAAAGGCUACUAAAAGGCCCGCAGAUCGAACAGUUUAUAAUAAGACUCCAGCUAAGGUAUCCAAAGUUGAACACCAACGGUUGCUGAAAAAUGUAAAUGUUGAUGAUUUUUUGUCUGUUGUACACGGUCAAAAAUAAAAAUUUAUAAUUGGCACUGUUAUUAUUGUGUACAUAUUAAAUUAUUAAUGUUAUAUUUUUAUAUCUACUCUGUAUAGCAAAAAAAUACUGUAAACAUUUUAUUUUUUUAACAAUUUUUUUAUUUAGAAAGAUCUUCAUAAGUUAUUUUAUUAAGUAGACAGUAGUAACUGUAUGCAUUGGUUAUUCUUAUUUAUUCAAAUACAGAUAUGAUCAGGAUUUUAAACUGUAUGCUAAUGUUAAUUUGUCAUUAUCAUUAAAUGAUAUUAUUUAUUAUUUAAAUCUUUUUCUUCUUUCUCAUCUUAUCAGUCCAUUUCUAUCAUCUAUUUCUCUCUCACUCUGUCAGUACCACUUUAAAAGUCAGUUAAUACUUCUUUUAUUAAUUGACCAGCAUUUCUCCCAACGUGGCAUAACCAUUCUAGAUGUUUGCUUUAUAUAAACAAUAGAAUAUUUGGCUAAGUUGGAACACUUUUGCAGAUCAGAGGCCUACUCAUUACUGAUUUUUGUCUGCAACUUUGUGUUAUAGCUUGGUAUGCACAUAUUUUGUAGUAUUUUUUUUUCGAGGGCAAUUAGUUGACUACCCUACUAUUCCUUUUGGUCAGUGACCAUGUUUCACUUGCUUAUGUAACUACUGGUCACAAAUAACUGGAGUGUGUGUCUUCAAAUUGCGUGACAGUAGUUUUGAUUCUAGUCUUUAGAAGUUUUAUAAUGCUGUAGUAACACCGGUUACCACAUGCUAUUCGUUCUUUAAUCUCCUUCCUCAGUCCUUGUGCAUCUCGUUGCUGCUGUUUAUGAUAGUGCCUAGUAACCUAAAUACAUCCAUUUUUCUAAAUCUAUCAAUUAAAAUCUUUAAUUAUCUACCAACUAUUGUUAUGCGGUCUGACUUUUGAGUGCUCUUUGUGGUUAGGUUAGGUCCUUGUCAUCAUUAAAUAUUUAGUUCUAUCCACAAUAAACAUACCUAAUUGAUCUCUUUUGGUUAUUUUCUAAUUAAUAAUUAUGUAUGAUAAAAUGUUUGUGGGUUUUGUAAAUAUGUGACUGUACCUAAUAUAAAAUUUACCACAAAUUAUUUUAAUUCAGUAUUGGAUAGUGUAUAGUGUUACUAUUGAUUCCACAUAAUGACUGACGAAAAGGUAACAUUCAUUGCAUCAAACUAAAAUUAACGUAACUUCAAAAAUAGUAAUUUGAAUAAUGUGAUAGCAACUUAAGAACUCAUUUUAUAUGUAAUUACAUACAUAAAUAUAUCAUAAAGUAAUUUUCCAACAUGGUACAGCACAGUGUAGGGAAGGUAUCCUUACUAGGUUUUAGAAUUUUUAUUUGAUUAUAAAAUUAAUAUUAUACAUCCAACAAUUAUUAUAAUAUUUAUGAAACCAAUAAACCACAGUAUUUGUUUUUGUGGUUUAGCUAUUUAUCAGUAGCUUACCAAAUAAAUUAAUUUCCAUUUCAUACAAAACCUGUCAUGAUCACCAGGUUAGGUUAUCAUCAUGUUUUCGAGAUAGUAUUUAUUCUGUGGCCAUAUAUUGUGUUACCAUAUUUGUACAUAGAUAGUUUCCUUCAUCUUUUCAGACACCCAAAACUACAAAUAGUUAGCUGCAAGCUUUUAAAUUAAAAUAAAGUAUCGAAAAGUGUUGGUCUACAAAACCGAUCACAACUCAAUAAUUAUUUCUGACAUCUUCAUGAACACCUUUUGAUAUUUUCCAUACCUAAUUGUUAAAAACACAUAUCCUUAAGUUAAAAUUAAUUAAAAUUGAAAAAAUAUAACUACAGGCAUUGACUAAGCUAACUGAUGAACAGUAGUAGUGCAUUUCAAUUCAUGUUAGAAAACUGCAUAGAUUUCUACUACUGACCCCUAAUAAAAAGCUGAUGUUGCAACAGAGCAUCAAAAUAAUACUAUUGAAAGGCUAAACAAAUUUUAAACUGUAAAAGCACACAAUCAUGUACUGGUGAGACUAGACCUACAUAUAAUCAUAUUGCAAAUAAAAGAUUAUAUUCUACAAAAUAAAAAUACCAAAAUUAGGUUAUAAAAUAUACCAGUGAACAUUUAUUUUUUAACAAUUAUUUAUAUAAAACUCAAUAAAAUGUAUAAAGCUCAUUAUUACAGAAAUAAGCAAUUAUUAGAGUACAAUAGUAUAGUCAACUAAAUGUAAUUAAAAGUUAAGCAAAUGAAACAUUACAUAAAAUAAUUCAAGUUUUAAAUAUAAUUCAUUUGGAUGAUCAAGUAACAAAAAAAACAAAUAAAAGGGUAAUUUGAUACCUAAUCUGAUCAUGUAUGUAAAUAUAAUACCUAUUUUGUUACUAUGUUUAACAAUAAAAAUAUUUUAACAUAAGAAGAAUGUCACAAAUUUUGUAAUUUCAUAGUAUCAACAGUAGAAAAAAACGAUAAACUUAAUUUAAACAUAAUAAAAUGAAUAUCACUAUUUCAAUAUUUUUUUAGUUAAAAACAGGCCCAGCUUAAGGGGUUAGCAACAUAGGCACCUAGGGUGGCAUUUAAAAAUAUUUGACAUAGUAUUUACAUGUAAAAGGCGGUAAAACAUAAGAUUGCUUAAAUGUGUUUAAUUCUUGAGCCAGGCCUGUAAAAAAAGUUGGAACAUACGAAUAAAAUACAAAAUGUGCGUAAUCCAGCGAAGUCAUUAGGAUUCUUCAACAAGAGAUGAUUGAAUACAAUAGUAAAGAUUUAAAUGUUUGUUUUAUAAAUAAUAAUAUUAACAUUUAUACAUUAACUCAGCCACGAGGGGAAUAAAACCUUAUGCUUCCCACCCCUAAUUACGUCAUUGGAAUAAUAUUACAUCAUUUUCUAUUACAAAAAAAAAAAA